AUGUCCUUCGCCAGAGCUACUUCCCUGAGUUCCGCGCUCCGAUUCUCGGCACGCCGGACGAUCCGUCCCCAAUUCCGUCCCCAGUUUGCCCAGAGGACCUACGCCAGCCAACAUGGCGCUGCGAAGGCCCAGAGCGAGCUCCCUCUUGCCCUCGCUUCCGCAUUUGUGACUGUUGCUGGUCUGGCAGUGAUCCUGCCGUGGGGUGAGAAGCCCAAGGGCCACGACGCGCACGCCAAGCACGAGGAAAAGCACGAAGAGCCCGAGAAGACUGAGGAGUCUAAGGAGGAGGAGGCCAAACCUGAGGAGAAGUCCGACGAGAAGCCCAAGGAGGAGCCUAAGGAGGAACCCAAGGAGGAGAAGAAGGAGGAGCAGCCCCAGGAGGAGAAGAAGGAAGAAAAGAAGUCUGACGAGUCUGCCGAGGAGAAGCCUAAGGAAGAGGAAUCCAAGCCCGAGGAAAAGAAGGAGGAGAAAUCUGAGGACAAGCCUGAAGAGCCCAAGGAGGAGAAGAAGAGCGACGACAGCAACGAUGACAAGAAGGAGGAGAGCAAGACCGAGGACAAACCCGAGGAGAAGAAGGACAACUAA